AUAAAUUUUGUCUGUUUGACUCUUUGACCUUUUGACCUGUUUAAAAUCUAUCAUGGCCGUCGCGUGAGAAAUGUGUUCCCUGCUUACUGGAUGCCUCCUUUCCUAUUUAUUCGCUGCUGAGUUGUUCAGGUUCAUACAGUUGCCUUCUUGGAGUAAAUACGCACAGAUUGGCAGACUCUGAAGACGAGAAACUCGGUGUUGUCGUUGAGAAGUGUCCUGUAGUCUCUUUGUUUGGCAAUCGAAGCGUUACAUUUCUGUUAGCCUGGCUAAAAUCGCGCUCCUAGCGACCGGCCCCACAGUUAAUCCCAGCCAACGAGACAUUGUGUAAAAACAGGCUACAUUCGCCAUUCGACCAUCAUGGAAAGGGCUGAAAUCAAUCAACACUCAACAGUUGAGAAUGUGGGAGAACUAGGAGAAGAUUCCAUCUGCAACAUGGCAACAAAGAGCAAGGUGAUACAGUCUGACAUCGUUGAUAGACCACGUGAGAAGUUUCACAGUCCACAAACGGGAAAUGAAAGGAAGAAGAAACAACACAAAUGUGAAGAGUGCAACAAGCAGUUCAGCAGACUGGUGGAUCUGACCAUCCACACGAGGACUCACACGGGUGAGAAACCCUACAGAUGUGAGGAGUGCGGCAAACAGUUCGGUCAGCCGGGAGUUCUGACCAGACACAUGAUGACUCACACCGGCGAGAAACCCUACAAAUGUGAGGAGUGCGGCAAACAGUUCAGUCAGCUAGGAAAUCUGAAGACUCAUAUGAAGACGCACACCGGUGAGAGACCUUACCAUUGUGAAGAGUGUGGUAGUCAGUUCAGUAGCUCAGAUACUUUGAAGCGACACAUGCUCACUCACACUGAUGAGAGACCCUACCAGUGCGAGACAUGCAAGAGACGUUUUAGUCAACAGGGUCAUCUGAGGACUCACAUGCGAAUUCACACGGGUGAGAAACCUUACCGAUGUGAGGAGUGCGGCAAACGGUUUAGUACGCUGGGUGAUCUGAAGAAGCACAUACGCACGCACACCGGUCAGAAACCGUACCGGUGUGAGGAAUGCAACAAACACUUUAGUCGACUAGAUUCUUUAAAGACUCACAUGCAAACUCACACUGGAGAAAAACGUUACGGAUGUGAGGAGUGCGGCAAGCAGUUCAGUCUGUUGAUGACUCUGAAGGCACACACAGGUGAGAAACCUUACCGGUGUGAGGAGUGCCGCAAACAGUUCGGUCAGUUGUGUAAUCUAAAGAAACACAUGCGCACUCACACUGGAGAGAAACUGUAUAGAUGCGAGGAGUGCGGAAAGAAGUUCAGACAAUUGGCUCAUUUAAAGGAACACAUGAAGACACACACUGGUGAAAAACCAUACCGAUGUGAGGAAUGUGGCAGACAGUUUAGUGUGUCAUGUAAUCUAAAGAGACACAUGCGGACUCACACUGGAAAAUAACUUAACCAAUAAGGACAGUGUAGCAGAAGAUUCACAAUACCGGGUCAUCUGAAGACGCACAUUGGUGAAAUGUCACUCAUACAACUGUAAGAGUUAACGUUAGAGUAAAUGUAAGUCUGGGGCAAAUGAAACACAGGAGUGGAUUCAUGUGUCGACGAAUCUAGAUUUGCGGUGCUAAAGCGAUAAUCUCCAAGCUUCGCGUGGCCAUUUUACUUCUCUACCGGCUAAACUCCUUUCCAGCUUAUGAUACUGUCUUAUGCCAUGCAAGAUCUGCUUGGAGAUAACUAAAGCGAUACGAACAUGUACAAAGGCAUGCAUAAGAUCGAGAAUGCUAUGUAACUGCACUGUGGAAUAUACUGUCACCGUGAAUUUUGUAAGCUUUGUAAAACUUCUUGCAGUGUAAUGUUUGUAAUGAAAGAAGAAGGAUUGUGAAUUACGAAUUUAACGUUUGUUGUUAUAAGAGGGGGUUACCUAAAAUGUCACCUCGAAACAAAGCUCACAAGUUUCAAAUAUGUUUUACUUUUCUCCUAUUCCUUUUUACCUAUUAAGCAUUGGUUUCUGAUUUUGUAGCUCCUAGUGGCUGUUCUAAUAAAGCAAAAACGAUUCAAAAGA